CUUUCGUUGACGUUGGUGCCUGAAAGACGCCAUAGAGGGUUCUCUGCAAGCACGGAGGAAAGCAACACCCAACCAUGUCUGCCAAGCGUCGCCCAGACAAGCAAAUUACUGCGGAUGACCCUGACGAUGACGGGGACGCCAACGAGGGCGGCAGUGGCCCAUUCCUUCGCGCUUCCAAGGACGUCGUCUCACAGCGCAGGAUUGCACAGGCCCGCCGCUCCUCAUCCUCGUCCACUGGCUCAUCCAGUGCCAGCAAGGGUGCAUUCGCGGGCUUCAAAGGCUUCGGCUCUGCAGCCGUGAAGGGCGUCUCCCAGUUCAAAGGCCUAUCAGCGAGCCCCGGCAGCUUUGGCGCAGCGCCAUCGUCGUCGGCAUCGUCGUCGUCCACCGGCACGCCCAAGACCACACCAGCCUUUGGGGGCGCUGCUUCGUCGACAUCGACAUCCUCCUCCUCUUCGGCCACUUCGCCGUUCAAGUUUGGCGGGCCAGCCAAGCCAGUAACAGCAGCAGCAGCAGCAGCAGCAGCAGCGUCAUCAUCAGGAGACGACAAGGACAAGGGCAAGGAGAAAGACACGGCGGCAAGCAGUGGACCAACGUUCAAGUUUGGCGCAAAAACGGGCGCUAUCACCAGCAGCGGCAGCGGCAGUGGGGGGUUUUCGUUUGGCGGUGCAAAAGCGAAGCCUGCGAGUGCCAAGUCUGCGUUUGGGCAGGCCGCAAAGGUGUUUGGUGGCGGCAGCAAGAAGACGGGUGGUGACGAUGAUGACGACAACAAGAAGGAGGACGAGGAAGAGGACGAAGAGGAAGGCAGCAACGCUGGUGAUGGUGAUGAGGAUGAUGAGGAGACAGGGAGCGAUGAGGAUGAAGACAACACGGACACAGACACGGAUGAGGACGACGAUGGAGACAACAAGCGGAAGAAGAACAAGUCUGGUGAUGACGAGUCGCCUGCGCCCAAAUUCACCUUUGGCAAGCCCACGGGGAAGCUGCCUGGCCUGUCCUCCAUUUUUGGUGGCAGCGGCGGCGGCAGCAAGCUCAAGCCCGCACAGGGCGCUGUCUUUGGCAAGGUGGGCACGUUCAAGCCAACUACAACCACCCCACCAGCACCAGCAGCGACAUCAGCAAAGGCGACGGAUGGCGAUGGUGGCAGUGAUCUGACGGACGAGCAGAAGACGAAGAUGCAAGGCCUCAAUGACUCGCUCCUCUCCUUUCUCAAGGAGCAGACUGCUGCAAGUGCUGGGGUGCUUGACUUUACGCCGACGCUCCUGAGCUAUGUCGACCAGGCAAAGACCAUCCUCACAGCAGGCAAGGCGACGAUGGUAACAGCGCCGUCGUCGUCUGGUGCUCAGAAGCAGCAGCAGCAGCAAUCACAGCAGCAGCCGGAGGAGAAGGAAGAGCUGGAGGAGGGCGUCCUCUACAAGACACGGGUGAAGCUGCGGUACCAGCAGAAGGGGGAGGAUGGGAAGAUUGAGUGGAAGGAAAAGGGCACGGGCACAUUGCGGCUGGAGGAUGCCGAGGACGGUACCAAGAAGCGCGUCAUCAUUCGCGCAGACGGAACAACAGGGCUGAUUCUGCUGAACGUGUAUCUCGCAUCCCAGACGCCGGUCAACCGAACCGGCAAACGCGAGGUGAUGACGAGCAUGGUGCCGAACCCGCCCCUCAACCCAAAGAAGCCGGAGGACAAGCCCGUGGUGUUUAUGAUCAGCUGCAAGACGCCUGCGUUUGCGGAUGAGCUGGCCGCCAAGAUGAAGGAGGCAAAGGAGGCGUGCUGA